AUGGAGCGCCACCGCGCCCUGGUGCAGAAGAUCUCGUCGACGGUGCGCGCCUUCUACAACGCCAAGGAGCCGUACCGCAUCUUCCACGGUAGCACAAACAGCACGCGGCCGCAGCCCCACGGCCGUGGCGCCCGCGUCGUCGACAUCUCGGCCCUGCGCGAUGUCCUCUCCGUCGACGCGAGCAAGCGCACCGCCCUGGUGGAGCCCAACGUGCCCAUGGACCGGCUCGUCGAGACGACGCUGAAGCACGGGCUCGUGCCGCCCGUCGUCAUGGAGUUCCCGGGCAUCACGGCGGGCGGCGGCUUCGCCGGCACGGCGGGCGAGUCGUCGUCGUUCAAGCACGGCUUCUUCGACGACACGGUCGCGUCCGUCGAGGUGGUCCUGCCGGACGGCGAGGUCGUGACGGCCGCGAACCCCAACACCGCAGCCGGCGCCGAGGGCAAGCACGCGGAUCUCUUCCGGGGCGCGGCCGGCGCCGUGGGGACCCUGGGCGUGACGACGCUGCUGGAGCUGAACCUCGUGGCGGCCAAGAAGUUUGUGCGCACGCGGUACCGGCGCACGGGCAGCGUCGCCGAGGCGGUCGCCGCGGUGCGCGAGGAGACCGCCCGCGCCGAGAACGACUACGUCGACGGGAUCCUCUUCUCCAAGGACCACGGCGUCGUCAUCACAGGCCAGAUGACGGACGAGAAGCCGGCCGCCGCCCCCGUGCGGACCUUUUCUCGCGCGAGGGAUCCGUGGUUCUACAUGCAUGUGCAGGAGCGCACGGCCUCACCAUCACCAUCAUCAUCACCAUCAUCAUCCAGCACCACCACGACGGCGGCGGCCAGCAGCGAGGACCAGGACGAGUACAUCCCGCUGGCCGAGUACCUGUUCCGGUACGACCGCGCGGGGUUCUGGGUGGGGCGGGCCGGGUGGACGUACUUCAAGCUGGUGCCGUUCAACGCGCUGAUGCGGUGGUUCCUGGACGACUUUCUGCACACGCGGAUGUUGUACCGGGCGCUGCACGGGUCGGGCGAGAGCGCGCGCUUCAUCGUGCAGGACGUCGCCAUGCCCUUCUCCACGACCGCCGACCUCGUCGACUAUACCUCGGACGAGCUGGGCAUCUGGCCGCUGUGGCUAUGCCCGCUGAAGCGCCGCGCGCCGCCGACGUUCCACCCGUACACGACGACGCCUGGGCGGGCGCCGGAGGAGAAGGAGGACGACAUGAUGCUCAACGUCGGCGUGUGGGGCUGGGGCCCGGAGGACCACGGCGAGUUCGUGCGGGCGAACCGCGCCCUCGAGGCAAAGGUCCGGGAGCUCGGCGGCAUGAAGUGGCUGUACGCGCACACGUACUACGACGAGCCUGAAUUCUGGGACAUGUACGGCGGGCGCGAGUGGUACGACGCCCUGCGCGGCAAGUACAAGGCCGACGAGGCAGGCCUGCCCAGCGUCUAUGACAAGGUCAAGGUGGACCUGGAGAAGAACAAGUCGCGGAGGAGCGGGCUCAAGAGUGUGUGGCCCUUUGGGGGCAUCUAUGGCAUUUACAAGAGCAUCAAAAGCAAGGACUAUGUGCUGCACAGGGACGCAGGUUGGAAGUGGAAGGGGGAGGAGUGA